UGAAACUCGUCCCGUGAGAGGAGGAGAGACACGGACAGGGAAUCCACACACUUUGCUGGAACUUUCGGGAUAUUUUUCAAUUAUUUAUGAAUUAGUUUGACCAAAGGGGACUGCUCAGAAGUGGAACAAACACCGUGCGCCAUGAAGAGCCUCAAGUACCGUUUGAAAAAGCACGAAGUUAACAUCACAAACACGGACUGGAACAAGUAUGACGACCGGCUGAUGAAGGCGGUGGAGCGGGCUGAGGUGGACAAGGUGUCUGCGGUGCUCGCCAAGAAGGGCAUUAUCCCCACCAAGCUGGAUGUGGAGGGACGCUCUGCGUUUCACUUGGCGGCCACCAGGGGGCAUCUAGACUGCCUGAACCUCAUCCUGGGACACAAUGUGGAUAUCACAGCCACCGACGCCACAGGUAAAAAUGCUCUUCACCUGGCCUCGAGGAACGGACACUCCCUGUGUGUGCAGAAGCUGCUGCAGCACAACUGCCCCGUGGGGAACGUGGACUUACAGGGACGGACAGCUCUCCAUGACGCUGUGAUGGCCGGCUGCUCCUCCAGUGUCAAGCUCCUGUGUGACAGCGGUGCCUCCGUCAACGCCACCGACUUUGACGGAAGAACUCCUCUGGUGCUGGCCACACAGAUGUGUCACCCCAGGAUCUGUCAGCUGCUGCUGGAGAGAGGAGCAGACAUCACCAUCCGAGACAAGCAGAACAAGACAGCUCUGAUCCUGGGCUGUGAGUACGGCUGUAAGGACGCUGUGGAGGUCCUGCUCAAGAGCGGCGCUGACCUCCGACCUCAGGACGCAUUCGGCCAUGACGCCUUCCACUACGCCCGCCACAGCAAGAGCCCCGAGCUGCUCGGCCUGCUCAAGGCUCACCUGGACAAGAGCAGCAGAGAGAAAGACGCGGCGAGGAUCGAACAGUGGAAGCGACAGCAUUCAGUAGAGAGACCCGACCCAGUUGAACUCAACAGGAGGGAUCAGAUCAUACAUGAGCUGGAGCUUCAGAACGAGAGCCUACAGGAGAGUCUGAGAAGGUCUCACCAGGAGCAGAGGGGACUUCUGGACCAGGUGUCCCAGCUGCAGCAGCAGCUCACUCAGGAAAAGGUGGAUGAGUGUUUAAAGGAGGAGUCCAGUAAAAUGUCCAAAGAGGACGGCACCCGUGGGCUGGAGACGGUCAAAGUACAGCUCAAAAGCCCAAUGGGGGACUACUCCGGUCAGUCUGUCAUCAAAGGGAAAGAGAGCCUGGUGAAACAAGCCCAGAGCCUGGACAUAGAGCAGGUUCAGAGAGUGUCCAUGUCCCGCUCGUCGUCUCGGGGCCCAGAGAGGCAUGCAUCUCUGGGCUGGGACGUGUCUGAGCUGGAGGCCCUGCGGCGCGAGCUGGAGGCUGUGAGGAGGAGACACCAGACUGCAGAGGAGGAGACAACCAGGCUACAGGCCGCUCUUCGGAAAACCAGAGAGUGCCAAGAACUGGUGCAGAGCAGAGACAGCGUCCAGAAGCAGGCCGACCAGCAGAUCCAAGAGCUGGAGGACGCCCUGGGAGACGUGCAGAAACGCAUGCUCGAGUCGGAGUGUAAGGUGAAGCAGCUGCAGGCUCACGUGGUGGCAGUGAAGGAGCACCUUGGAGGAGGACAAGCUAACGAAGAGCUCCGCGCACAGCUCCAGGACAUCAAGACCAAGUACGAGGGCGCGUCAGCAGAGGUGGGGCGCGUCCGCAACCGCCUCAAGCAGAGCGAGAAGGCUCUGGAGGAGUACAAAAGCAGUGAGAGCCAACUAGCAUCCGAGGCAGAGAGACUGAGCCGCGAGCUGGGAGCGGUGAGCGCAGAGAGAGACGAGCUCGCACACACGCUCCUCCAAAUGGAAAACCAACUGGAGGAGGCCAGAAGCAAGCAGGGCAAUACCGUCCCAGCCGAGAAGUUCGACAACAUGAAGAACCUGCUGACCAACGCGGUGGACGAGAAGGAGAGGCAGAUCGCGGAGCUCCGGGAGGACUACGAUCGCGUGCUGGAGGAGGUGGCGGACCUUCACAGGAGGAUAGACAGCCCCUCGGCCCAGUCGGCGUGCUCGGAGGAGGAGCAGAAGAUCAGGGUUGCUCUAGAGGAGCACAACGCCUCGCUCAAGAAGAGACUGCUGGAAGUGACCGCAAAGAGCCAGGCACUCAUCCUGGAGGUGGAGGAGAGUGAGGAGGAGCGAGACCUUCUGAGAGAACAGCUGGAGAAGCUCAAUAGUCAGAUGGAGACAGACUUCAUCCCCGUCCAGCUUCACGAGGAGGCCAGGCACAACAUGGUCCAAGCCCUGGAGGACCUGGAGGACAAACUGGUGGAGGCCAGUGAGCGCUACGGCAAAGCUGAGGCUCAGGUCGAGAAGCUACAGUCAGACAGAUCUACCCUGGAAGACAAGCUCCACCACCUCCAGAGCACCAGGGACCAGCAGACGAGCGAGAUAGAUCAGCUGAAAGCACUGAACACAGAUCUGGUCAAACAACUGGAGAAGAUGGAGAGAAGAUUUGAGGAGAGAGAUAUAGAGUGUGUCCAGCUAACCACACAGAGCCAGGAGCUGAAGAAAACCAUGGACGGAGAGUACGUGCCCAGGCAGCAAUUGGAGCAGAUCGAGAAAGAGCUGAUGGCCACCAUAGAAGAUCUGAGGUCUCAAGUAUCUCAGCUGGAGUCAAGGAAGAAAGAACGUGGUGAAGAACUACAGAACGUGAUAGAUGGAAAUGACAAGUUGAAAGGUGAGUUGGAGAAGGUUCGGUUGGAGAUGCAGAAGGACUACGUUAGCGUGAUGGAGCACCACGCGGUCACUGAUCAGCUGAAGGCAGCAGCAGUGGAGGCAGAGAACCGGGCGAACAAGGCUGCCGAGAUGUACGCUGUGGCUCAAGAUGAGACCACCAGGCUGACACAGGAACUCCAAGCUCAGAAGCAAGAGCUGGAUACCAUUCAAGAGGCGAUCCAGGUGAAGUUUAUCCCAAGAACUGUCAUAGAAGAGAAGGAGAAGGCCUAUGAGAAGCAACUGCAAGAGCUCACUGAGAAAUUGAGCAAAAUGGAGGAGAAAUAUAACCAAGAGAAGAUAAUUAGGGAAAGCUCUGAACAUGAGAAGGAGCAGCUGAAGGUUCAAUUCGAAGAGGUCAACCACAGACUAGACUUGGCUUUGGUUGAAAGGAAGAAGGAGCUGGAGAAGGAGUACAGAUGUAAAUUUGAAGAACUAACUGGCAAAGUUCAUGACUUGGAGAAGCAGCGUGAGGAGGUGGAACGUCAGAACGCAGAGCUACAGAAGGAGAACGCAGACUACGCCUCGCAGGUCCAGAGUCUACAGGAGCGCUUGAGAUCAGAGCUAACCCGCAUCGCUAACUACGAUGGAGAACUCAAAGCACUUAACCAAGAGGUACAGCAAGCUCAGGCGGACUGCAAGAAGGCCAGAGCCGCCCAGCAAGACGAAGCUCAGAAGAUGAGUGUCCUUCAGAAAGACCUUCAGGAGAGGAAAGAGGAGAAUCAGCAGUAUGCAAGAACCAAGGAGAGUCUGGAGGAACAGGUAGAAAAACUCAAGGUAGCACUGAAGGAGGAGGAGGAGAACAAUGCCCAGAGAGCAGAGGACGUAGCCACACUCCAGUCUGAGCUCCUGCAGGCCACGCAAGCCCUGGAGGAGCUGAGGCACAAGCACGAAGAUCUGACCCAGCUGGAAAAGGACAGGCAGCAACUCGGCGGGGAGGUGAGCGGGCUGCGUGAGAAACUGCUGCUUCUGGCAGAGGAGGUGCAGGACGCCAGGGAGGACGCCGCUCUGGCCUCAGAGCAGGAGAGGAAGGCCCGAGCCGAGACCAACGCUCUGCAGGAGAAGAGCCGCACUGUGGAGAAGGAGGUGGGAGAGCUGAAGGAGAGGUACGACCAGUCCCUCAGCACCAUUCAGGAACUGCAGAGGAGCAUCCAGGCCUCGGCCCAGCAGACCGAGGCCAAGGACAAGAAAAUCACAGAGCUGCUGACAGACGUGGAACGUUUGAAGCAGGCUCUGAACGGCCUGUCUCAGCUGGCCUACACCAGCAGCGCCCCCAAGAGGCACACAGACUCACUGCAGGCCCAAGUCAAGAGCCUCCAGCAGCAGCUGGCUGAUGCUGAGAGGCAGCACAGAGAGGUGGUCUCCAUUUACCGCACUCACCUGCUCAGCGCUGCACAGGGUCACAUGGAUGAAGACGUCCAGGCUGCCCCUGCAGAUCAUCCGCAUGAGGCAGGAGUUUGUGUGCUGAGGCCCAGAACCACCAUCACAACCAUCACAACCAUCAGAACCAUCAGAAUCAUCAGAACCAUUAGAAUCAAUAAACCAAAAGAACCACAACAGAACUCAACUCACUUGGCUCACCCAGUUCAAAGUGCCUCUGUGUGUGUGUGUGUGUGUGUGCGUGCGUGCGUGUGUGUGUGUGUGUGCGUGUGUGUGCGUGCAGAUAUUAAGACUACAGACUUAAACACUGGGCUCAGCUAAAGUCAUGCUCCUCAGAUCAUCUCUCACAUUCCCCUGGCCUCCCUGCUUCAGUGUAGAUCCUGCAUUUCAACACUCACCUGUGUCCGUUUCUUCAUGUAAAGGUCCAAAUGAUCAGAUUCAGAUUUCAGUCAUGCCAAAUGAGCCUUAAGGUGCAGCAUGUAGACUUUUGUAGGUUGUUGCAGACAUGGAUCAUGUGGUUUUAAGCAUUUAAAAAGAAAAUUGUAUUACUGAGGGAGGAGCCUUCAAAGUGCGUACACCUGCCUUUAGCAGUGUCUUUUCUCCACAUAGAGAAGUCUGGGAAUAUAAAAUAUGGCAAAUAAGAUGAUAAAUGAUUCAACAGACUUAAAUUGUGAUAGUGUUUUGAAACCUGAUGCGCAGUAUAAUAUCUAAUAUCUGCAUUGGACUAAGAGCAGUGGUGAUUAACACAAGAUGUGUCCUCCCUCAUUCAUGACAGUGGGGUUUGAUUGUGAACUUUAAAAUAAUACAAAUCAGUUCACAGACAGCGCCUCUCAUGGUACAUAUAACAGUUAUUCAAACCUUUUCCUCCAAAUCAAGAGCUCUGUGUGGAGUCCUGGAAACUUGUGCGUGAUAUGUUCUGGUCUGUUCCUCUGCUCACACAAGCCUACAGAAGCCUGCUGCUGCUCCUGUGCUCGCUGUAGCCUCCGUCUGUGUACUGACAGUGUACUCUCCCUGCUGUGGUGGAGCUGUGGAGCUGUGUGAGUGAUGCUGUGUGUGUCCUUGGAUUUGCAGUGGCACUGGUCCUUUUGGUAGCACCAGAGCGUCCUCUAGUGGUCAGACUUGGCAGGCCAAGUUUAUAGUAGUAAAAGUAUAUGUGUGGCCUCUGGGCAGACAGCUGCUGUUCUGUGGAGCUGCUAAAACACAAUAUCAAAUGUUAAAUGCAAAGAAUACAGAGCUGACCUUGAAUAAGCUAAUAAUAUGCUGGAUAUGAUCAUGAUACUGUAAUGGCUCAAGGCAACACACUGCAGGAGAAUGGGAGAAAAUGAUAUUUAGAUAGAUCCAUAAUUUAAGUUUUCAUAUGUAAAUUAAAAUUAAAAUGCUUAAACGUUGCCUCUAUCAUUAAAAUUCUGUGUAGAUGUUUGCUUAAAUUUUAUUUGGUUAACUUGGUGAAGUCAAAACUAAAGUAGGAGAUUUUGAUGUGUAGAACACAUGGCUUUUGAAAUCACAGUUUUGGAAAUUUAUGGAUGAAAGUAGACUGAAUGCCAUAAUGGAAUACCUAUGAGAUAGUAAUAGUAUUUCAAGGCUAAACUGUUUUACGUGAAGACUUCCUGCACUGCUUCGCCUUUAAGCCUGUUGUUAGCAUAUGCUGGCCUGUAUUAUCUGUAGAAACCUUAUGCAGCCCCUCAGAGCAGGAGCUGUGUGCCCGGCCCCCGUAGGAGCCUCUGGACUAAUGUAGAGUGUAGUCUAUCGCCCCUCUCUCUCUCUGUGCCUUUACAUCAUGUGUUUUCAUAGCUUUGUACUGACUUUGUACCUCUGUGUGAGAAUAAACUUCAGCAGGACUGGAAUGUAGAAUGGCACAUUUCUCAUUUCUGUGGUAUCCAUGUUUCAAAGCACCUCCUGUUUUUAUACUGCCAAAGAAAGAGUUCGGUGUAGCAGAUAUGUACUAAGGACUAACUACUAACCACUGUUAACUACGGUUCAAAUGACUCCAAAUAAAGAUGCUGUUUAUGUCCUUAUGCAUAUUUGUGUUGUCAGACACUAAUACAAACUCAAUAAAAGUGCCUAACAUAGUAA